AUGGAGCUCUAUAUAUGGCCAUCUGAUUUUGGAUUACCUUCAGUAGAUUCUCGCUGUCUUCAGUUCAUGGCAUGUGCCAAAUUUUGUGCCGCACCGGUAUCUGUGAUUCCUAGUUGGUCACCAUGGAAAAGUCAGAAUGGUGAAUAUCCAAUGUUUGUUGAUGGAAGUAAUAUGGUCGAGAAAAUUUAUGACUUCGAUAAGUUUGCUAACAUGUUAAGAAAAAGCGGCCAGGAAGUUGUGCUGGACAGCGAAUUGAGCACUAGUGAAAAAUGCGAAUUUGAAGCAUAUUCAAGUUUAAUGCAUCGAAAUUUCUAUCCUGCUGAGUUGCAAUUUCUGUGGCUUGAUUCUUAUAAUUACUCAGCGAUUACGCAGCAUUGGUAUUCAAAACAACUACCAUUUGGUUAUAAUUUAUAUUAUCUGGAAAAACGUCGGAGACGGGCUCAAGCCUACGUUUCAGCUUGCGGUCGUAAUGAAACGCAAAUUAUUCAUGAUGCCGUAAAUACAAUCAAGUUUUUAGAAUGCAGACUUGAUAAUAAAAAGUAUUUCUAUGGUGACAAACCAAGUUCCAUUGAUGCCUUAAUUUUUGGCUAUUUGGCACCAAUUCUAAAGCUACCACUUCCGUCGGAUCGAUUGCAGCAACACAUAAUGAGUUGUCCAAAUGUUGUACGAUUUAUCGAAUCUAUUAUAAGCAUAUAUCUGCCACUCAGUGAAACUCAGAUAAGACAACAAACUGCUCUAAAGGAGAAAUGGAAUAGUCGGCGUCGUGCACAAAAAGAAGCAGUACAGAUGAAUUUGCGGCGAACUACAGCGAAGGAACAACACUCAUCAGGUCUGGUAGCUGAAACGAUCUUCUUUGCUGUAGGCGCUUUAACGUUAUCGGUGUUAUUUGCUGUACAUUGUGGUUUAGUAACAUUUGGUGUGGUAGAAGAAGAACCGCAAUUCGGAACGCUUUAG